UUCUUUCUCCGCCCUUUAUGUUUGAAUAGAGUUCCGGACCAUUUCUCUCUCCAUUCUUGCUCUGCGUUUACAGAUCUCUCUCUGUACAUUAAAUCUUCGUUUUCGGAUCUCCAAAUGCGCACCAUCUCGGUGGCAUCGCUGACUUUUUCCUUCUUUUGUUUCUCUACAUACUAUUAUCGGCAGCUCAGUUCGGUUGCUGUCGCUACUAUUUUGGAAUUAUAAUGAUCUGGAUAACACAUAGUGGAAAGAGUUGCUUUCGAGUAGGAAUUGGGGUAUGCUGCUUUUCCCAUCUGUUGAGAAACUAUGGACGGUGACAGGAGAAUUACUAAUCCUUCAAAUGGGCUUGGUAAUAAUAUUCAGAAGAACCGAGCACUUAACGGGAGGACUAGUGGGCCCACAAGACGUUCAACUAAAGGGCAAUGGACGCCUGAAGAGGAUGAGACUUUGCGGAGGGCAGUUCAACGUUUCAAAGGAAAGAACUGGAAGAAAAUUGCUGAAUGUUUCAAGGAUCGGACUGAUGUACAAUGCCUUCAUAGGUGGCAGAAGGUCUUGAAUCCAGAACUCGUCAAAGGUCCAUGGUCUAAAGAGGAGGAUGAGGUUAUAGUUGAAUUGGUGAAACAAUAUGGGCCAAAGAAGUGGUCUACUAUUGCUAAUCAUUUACCUGGACGUAUUGGUAAGCAAUGUCGGGAAAGGUGGCACAAUCAUCUUAAUCCUGCAAUAAAUAAAGAGGCAUGGACACAAGAAGAGGAGUUGGCUUUAAUUCGUGCCCAUCAGAUAUAUGGAAACAAAUGGGCAGAGCUAACGAAGUUCCUGCCUGGGAGGACAGACAACUCUAUAAAAAAUCAUUGGAACAGUUCUGUAAAAAAGAAACUGGAUUCCUACUUAAAAUCAGGCUUGCUUACACAGUUCCAGGGCUUACCUCAAGUUGGAGAACAAAGCCAACCCAUUGGUUCAUCUUCUUUGAAGAUUAGUGGAGAUGAUAGUUGUAGAGAGACAGAAAUAGAGGAGAUUUCAGAAUGCAGUCAAGAUUCAAUAGUCGCUGGUCGCUUUCAGAAUGCUGGAGAAAUGGCCAAUGUGGUAUUAUAUACGAGAGGGGAACUUCAGACUACUGAACUAUCUGGUUCAGGAAACUUGCCAAACUCCAGUCCAGCAUCUUGUUCAGAACCCUAUUAUCCAUCUUUGGAGGAUUCUGCUUUUUCCAGAGCAGAAAUAUCUCAUGACAUAGAUUGUGGUACAAAAUAUCUUCGGCAAAAUUUUUCAAAUGAUGCUGAAGUUUCAAUGAGUGGGGAUUACCAUUUUGAUUUACAUGACAUGUCUAAUAUUUCUUCAAGACAUUUGGAACGGGAAUCAUCAGGGAUGCAAUCAUAUUGUUUAGGUGCUAGCGAGAGCCAAGAAGUAGCUAAUGUUUCAUUAGAGACUUCUGGUGGGUUAACCGUUUCUGCUUCCAUGGGGAAUGUGCACUUGGGUUCUGAAAAAUCAGAGCACAUGUUGAUAUCUGAUGAUGAGUGUUGUAGGGUUUUAUUUUCAGAAGCAAUGAAUGAUGAGUGCUUUCCCUCAAGAAAUCUUGGUGGAUGCUCUGAUUCAAUACUACAUCAAUCAUCUAACAUCCAGAUAUCUGAUGCUGGUGGAAGUGUGCCUUCUCAAUUACCUGGUCAUUCAAGCACUGAUGUAAUGGGAACCUCGUGCUCUCAAACGUUCUUUCCUGAUCCAGUGUCUGUUGAUGAUGGUCCACUUAUAUUUGGUGGUGAUUCAAAUAAUUUGCUUAUAGCGCCACAACAAGAAUAUGCCACUUGUUCACGUGAUGGAUUUAUCUUUACCAAUGAUUCUGCCAAUUCUCCUUGCAAUGAUGAUAUGGAUAUGACAGGAAUGCAAGAGCAAUUGGAUACAUCGAAGGAUCCUUCAAAAUUAGUUCCUGUAAAUAGUUUUGGCUCAAAUUUGGAUACACAAACUUGUCCCAUGGUUGCAAGACCAGAAGUGGGCAAUGAUGAGCGGGAUGCAGGAGUACUAUGUUAUGAGCCUCCUCGCUUUCCAGGUUUUGAUGGUCCAUUUUUCAGUUGUGAUCUUAUACAGUCCGGCAGUGAGAUGCAGCAAGAAUAUAGUCCACUUGGUAUUCGCCAGCUGAUGAUGCCUUCCAACUGCCUUACUCCAUUUAGAUUAUGGGAUUCACCAACUCAUGAUGGUAGUCCUGAUGCUGUGCUUAAAAGUGCUGCUAAAACAUUCACGGGUACACCAUCCAUUUUUAAGAAACGACACCGGGAGUUUUUGUCACCAUUAUCUGAUAGAAAAAAGGACAAAAAGCUGGAGACUGACAUGACCUCUAGUUUGACCAAAGAUUAUUCACGUUUAGAUAUUGCUUUCCAUGGUAAUAGGAACAUCACACAGCCAAGUGAAUAUACUGAAAGUCAGGAUUCUGAGAAAGUGAAUAGCAAUAUGACAUUUUCACAGGACAGAAACACAGAGAUCGUUUUCUGUGAUAGUGAUCUCCAUGAAAAUAAGGAGCAAGAAGCAUCAGAAAUUGAAGAUAAGACCAAGAUUGAUGCUGGUCCCUCUUCCCAAUUGCCCUCUGGAGUCCUCACUGAACAUAAUAUGAAUGAUAUGCUGUUAUUUUCUCCUAAACAAGUUGAUUUCAAAGCUCGAACCCCAAGAAAUCAGCAUCUCAAAAACUUUGAUCCUUCACCAAAUCGAGGCGUCACUUCAAUAUCUCCUGCAAUUGUUUCUGCGUCUUUUGGCUCUCCUUCAUUAAGUGGAAAGAAACUCAAAAUUCAGUCUGUAGCAGGGACAUGUGGGCAACAUGAUUCUUCGUCAGCCCUCCCUGAGAUGAAUGGUUCUACUGCUGGGGGCAAUGUCACAGUCGAAACUUUUAGCGUAUUUGGUGAUACCCCAUUUAAAAGAAGUAUCGAAUCCCCUUCAGCAUGGAAGUCACCUUGGUUCAUAAAUUCGUUUAUAGCCGGGCCCAGAGUUGAAACUGACAUCUCUAUUGAGGAUAUGUAUUACGCGAGCCCUGGAGACAGAAGCUAUGAUGCCAUUGGAUUGAUGAAACAAAUAAGUGAGCACACCGCAGCUGCAUAUGCCAAUGCUCAGGUGGUUUUAGGAAAUGACACUCCUAAAUCAUUAAUGAAAGGAAAAGUCAACCGUGACACACAGGGAAAGAACAACAUUCAACUAGGAAAAUGUUCAACAUUGUCACAAAAUAUUUUGGCCGAGUGUCGCGUUCUAGACUUUAGUGAAUGUGGGACUCCUGGAAAGAAAGCAGAACCUGGGAAGUCCUCGACUGGUAUCAGCAACUUCUCGAGCCCCUCUUCUCAUCUGCUGAAGAAUUGCAGAUGACAAUUUCCUCGAAGCCAAAACAUGCUAUAUAAUACCCUAUACAUAUAUAAAACUGUAGAAGUGAGUGAUUUUUAUUUAUUUUUUAAUUGUAAAACUAAAUUGUAAUCUAUUUUUAUUUCAUAAUUUUAUGCCGAUUUUUUUAUAAAUGUAAUUUUAGUAAAGCCAAUAUACGGGACUCUUGCGUUUUUUGAA